AUGUUUGCUGCGUUCUGGCCUGCCACUGCAUGCCUCACUAUAUUUUUUAUUGUGGGUGUUAUUAUGAUAAUGUUGCGAUAUGGGCCCCGCAUAUGCGGACUCCGUCACACUGCAUUUACUGAUGAUGAUGACUGGGAACAUAAAACUUAUGAACAAACUGUAUCAUAUGCAUAAAACUCUUACCAUGACUACAAAUAUUAAUUUGCCAUAUUUGUUCAAUAGGUUUACUUUUUGACGUGCUUGUAUUUGGAAUUUAGUUAUGCUAAAACGCUUUUCCGUAAUUUUUCAUCAUACAUUUAAAUGACAAACUUAGAAUUUAUAAACCUUGUACAACUUUAUAUCAUUUACAAAUUCUAUAAAUUUAUUUAAAUACUAAUAGACACUGAUAGUAUUAUAUUUAAUAAAGUAUUUCUACACGUUUAAUAUGUAGAAUAUACAGUAGGAAAAUCGUUUGACCCGUCUGAAUUUAGAGAGUGACAUCAUGCAUGACAGACACUGGGAGACUUGCUGUCUCUAUUGUACAUGAUGUCUCUUUCAGGAUUCAGAUGGAUCAAACUCUUUUCAUGUGUAUGUGAAAUUACAUAUCAAAAUUAUAUAAAUUCACAUAUAUUAGUAGUUUUAACUUUCCGUGUUUAUUGUAAUAUUUUGUCUAAAAUUUUAUAUCAAUUGACAUUAUACACUCCGUCCAUUUUUAUAGAUUUUUAUAUAAUAUAUAAUUUAUAUUAAAA